CCCCAUCCCAUCCUUCUCCGGUAGGGCGGGUUCCCCACGGGUCCCCGCCCCCAUUGCCAUCCUUACUCAAGAACCCUUAUUGUUAGAUUAUUUAUUGAUUUUCAACAGUGUUGGGCUUGUUUCCAAAUUAAACAUUGUUAGAUUUAUAUUGGAGCCCAAACAUUUCUCCAUUUCUAUGAUUUAUUUCCGCAAAGGGAGUACGCUUUGAAACUUUCACCUGCGUCACUCCUAAUCGGAUCUCCGUUCUUCCGCAUCAAGACAGGAGCCUUCGGCGAAGCCUUCCGCAUCUCCGUUCUCCAGAUCGGAUCUCCGUCCGCUGACAGCCUUCUGCUGUUCUCCACUUCGUCUGACUACUCCCGCUUUCUCUCAUUACUGUGCGCAUAUUGUUGGGUCAUACAUACACAUCCUCAGGGUGAAAAAUGGCAGUAACAUCAUCUACCACUCUAUCAUUUGGUUUAACCACAUCUAUUAGGCCCAAGAAUGGUCUAGUCUCACAAUCUAAAGCCCUAAAUCUGAAGCUGAACUCUACUAAGGUCUGUUUUAGGAGUUUUGUUGGACUCAAGGCAGCAGACUCGUCAUCUACAAUAAGCUGUGAGUCAUCAUCAUCAUUUUUUGGGAGUGAAAGCAUCACAGCUCUUCUACGCAAACCCUCCUUCACUGCGAAGGCCCAAACAGAAAGGAGAAUCUCCGUUCAACAGCCCCAGGCAUCAUACCGAGUGGCCAUUCUCGGGGCAGCAGGCGGCAUAGGUCAACCACUAGCCCUUCUUGUCAAGAUGUCUCCACUAGUCUCAGAUUUACACCUUUAUGACAUAGCAAACGUCAAAGGGGUGGCGGCAGACAUCAGCCACUGCAACACUCCUUCACGUGUGUCGGAUUUCACGGGACCAUCUGAAUUAGGAAACUGUCUCAAAGACGUUGACGUGGUCGUCAUACCCGCUGGUGUUCCGAGGAAGCCGGGGAUGACACGUGAUGACCUGUUCAACAUAAAUGCAAACAUUGUGAAGACGUUGGUCGAGGCUGUAGCUGAUCACUGCCCUGGCGCCUUCAUCCACAUCAUCAGCAACCCAGUCAACUCGACAGUCCCGAUCGCAGCAGAGGUUCUGAAGCAAAAGGGGGUUUAUAAUCCCAAGAAGCUGUUUGGUGUCACAACUCUUGAUGUUGUAAGGGCAAACACUUUUGUCGCUCAAAAGAAAAACCUCAGGCUCAUUGAUGUUGAUGUCCCGGUCAUCGGGGGUCACGCUGGGAUUACAAUUUUGCCCCUCUUGUCGAAAACAAAGCCGUCCGCUUCAUUUUCUGACGAGGAGGUUGGUGAGUUGACUGUGAGGAUCCAGAACGCGGGGACAGAAGUUGUCGAGGCAAAGGCAGGGGCAGGGUCCGCCACACUUUCUAUGGCCUACGCUGCUGCAAGGUUCGUGGAAUCUUCGCUGCGUGCUCUUGACGGGGAUAGUGAUGUGUACGAGUGUGCUUUUGUGCAGUCUGAUCUCACAGAGCUUCCAUUUUUUGCAUCAAGGGUCAAAUUGGGAAAGGAUGGUGUUGAGGCAUUGGUCCCGUCUGAUCUUCAAGGACUGACGGAGUAUGAGGAGAAGGCCUUGGAAGCCCUAAAGCCUGAGUUGAAGGCCAGUAUCGAAAAGGGGAUCAAGUUUGCUCAGAAAUAACCACUUGCUGCUUAGAAUAUUAUGCUAUUUAUUAUUGCCUUACUGGCCAAACAUAUACAAUUAUUUUUUGGGAGUGCAUUGGGACACAGUUUUGCAGACAAGGUGAGAUUAAUGUCUUGCCUUUCCCCCUUUUUGAUGUUUGGUGGAUAAUAAUACAUUUUCAUGUAAUCAUUAGUGUGCCAAACUGUUGAAACAUUCUCCUGUUUGUUGUAUGUUUUUUUCUUUUUGAAGGCUCACUUGGUCAGCACCACUUUUGUAUGAGACCAUCCAUCCUAUGAAAAAAGGAGUGUGUCAUUUUUUUCUGUUUUAUAGACUUCAACUUACUUUCUUUUUAUAAACUACAGCAAAUCAACCGAUGGCUUAUUUUGUUAUCGUGGGCUGUUAUUAUUAUG